CCUCAGUCAUCUUAUUUUUGCAAGGGUCUUCUCAGUGUUACUUUUAAAACAAACUAGCGUUUUCCAGGUGAUGCAAUUUGCCAUUUAUCUACAACAGGCUUGUCUCAUUUCCAUCAUUUCCUCAUCUCGAUGGUCAACUGAGAGCACAUAUCACGUUGAUUGUUGAAUGCACAGUUUCCAUAGUCACCGGUGUUUUCACGAGCUCUUGGGUUGGAUAGUGUGUGUGUGUGUGUGUGUGUCGUUUUUCAGUUGAAACUACUCUGUCAAACUGUCAGCAUGGUAAAAGGUGGCAAGCGUUAUUCACCAAUGAGCAACGAUGGCAAUUGGUUUCCUCAUCCAGAUGCUGCGCCCAGCGAGGGGAGGAAUCGGGAGUUGUCCACAAGCACCGGGAGGAUGUUGACUCAGAUUCCCGCGCAGUUGCCGCAAGCUUUUGACUUUGAACGCUUUACCAAGACGAGACCGGGGCCGAAAUCCAGGUCUUAUACAGUCUCGCAGCAUGACAACAAGCUAUCCUUUCAUGACAAUAUCAUUGUCUUCGAUGAUGGUGCAGGCCGUAAAAAAUGUCCCAAGGAGAUCAAUCAGCACAAGUCACAUUUCUGCCUGUGCCAACACGGGAUCCCACCCACCACUGUGAGAAAUUCAGUCUACGGCGCUGACUUUGCAUCGCAGCCUACCGUGGAACCCACCAGGGCCCGGCGCUUUGCACGUGACCACAAAAGGAAGUGCGCGCAGGCGCCUCUGGAUGGAGGAGACUUCAUGUGGUUCGGACAAGACACUUACGAUGACUAUGACAGUAUGGAAGUGCUGGGCUUCGCCAAUCUUAAUGCGGGUUCCAGACCUCUGUAAACUGCCGUGGUGGACUGGAUGUUUUUGGAACGUUGGGCAUUUGCAAGACUUAACCCACCUCUUAAUAUCACCACCAUGAAGAAAAGAAGUAAAUAAAACACAUUGUGCUCAUCAGA